AGUGACACGAGAGGACACACAAACAGGAACUGUUCCCGACGUCAGUUUGGACUGUGUUCUGCGUCGUGUGUGUGUUUAAAUAGAAUCCCUUUCCACGAGCUGUUAUUGAACUGCUGUCAGCCAGGAUGGAGGGACAUAUCAGUCUAUUUGUCGUGUUGGGAUUGGUCAUCACAACAGUUGCCGCACAGAGCUGUCCGACCGGAUGUAUUUGUCCAAGACCUGGUCACGUGUCUUGUACAGGGCUCUCCUCCUUCCCGAAAUCCUUCCCAGCAUCAACGGAAGUAGUUACAAUUUAUCUAUCUUCCCUACCGGAGAUACCGCCGGAUUCGUUCAAGGGUCUGCCUCUCCUUAACACGGUGUCGCUGUACAAGAACACCAUUGGGAAAAUAAGAAACUGCGCCUUUAAGAACUUGGCCCAGAUGAAGUCAUUGAACAUCUACCAAUCGAACAUUGAUACCAUUGAGUCCGGGGCGUUUUCUAACAUGUCGUUCGUAAAUCCAGGAUCGUUUUCUUUGUACAGCAUCACUAUUGGAGACAUCAAGCCCUACGCCUUCUCUUCACUCUCGGACUCCCGCUUCAGCAUCUACAGCGCCAACAUUACAAUCAUCAGGUCCUUCGCCUUCCACAACAUAUCGGCCAAGUCCUUCUCGUUGUAUCUGGCAAACAUUGACUUCAUGGACACUUCAGCUUUCGAAGAUUUCAACGGAACCAAAUCAGCCAGCAUAUACUCCAGUUACAUCGCAAAUACUCACUGCAACACCUUGGACGUCCUCCAGGAAGACGUUGGCAACGUCUUCUCGUUCUACCAGCUAACCUUCAACUGCAGCUGCCAGCUUGCUUGGUUGUUUGAGGCGGCGCAGACUAACCUGAACCUUGCCGCGUCGCUCAACCGAAACCGGUGCCACAACACCUCGACUGUGUUCCCUGGGAGACGUUUAGAUGGUCUAAAUGCCACGCUUCUGUGCCCGGGCGGAAGGGAGUCAUCUCAAUGUCUUAAACCGAAACUUCAGUUUCCAAGCCAGUGUCCCUUGCCUGGUGCUCCAACCCAGUCUCCGCUGCCUGGCAACGGAGACGACAGUAGUAGUAGUAGUAGUAGUAAUGGUCACUGUCCGCAUGUCCUUGGGUUUCUGUUGACCCUGGUGACCGGUGUCUUCUUGAAGAAUCAACUAAGAUGACUGCCCCUUUGAGUAUUGAGCCAAACACUGACGAGAACUGUACCUACAGCCCUGUCUUCUCAAACAGACAUCUGAUUUAUCCAGACACUUACAUAUCACUUAGCUUUCUUUGAAGGUGUGUUGGAAAAUGUUAUAUUGAUAAGUUGUACAUUGGUGAAAAGACGUGUUGGUUGGUUUUAUUGGCGUUUCAAGUCCCCGCAAUUGCAGCGAGAUGUGUUGAUAUUGUUUGUAUGAAUUCCACAGGGUUACAUAAUAAACAAACCUGCUCCC